AAACUUAUUACGCGUCGUUUUUGUGGCUUAUUAAGCUAAAGUGUGCGCGUAUUUGAAAGUAUUUGUCAAUUGUGUUUGUAACGAUGAGUAAGUGUAGGUAAUCGGCAGAAAAAGUCGCGUUUGGACAUACGUAUCUUCUAUUAGCACCCAUUGUCACUGGUCAGCAACUCGACUUGUUUCAUAAUCCCUUAAGCUUUAAAAUGGAUCGUGGAGCCGCCGUGGUAGUUUUGUCAUGGAUGCUGAUGUUUUGUUGCGGUUUGGCACGAGCCGCUGGUGAUGGUGCCGGUGCCAGCGCCGGCAGUAACACAGGCAAAACAUGGAUUGUUUGCGUGUCCGGAUACGACCUGUAUAAAUAUACUUACGGCUUCGAAGCUGGAAUUCACAAUCUUUGCAGUAAACUGGCGGGCAAAAAUCAAGAAAAUCUCAUCAUCAUAUCUCCGGACUCGGCCGCUUAUCAUGUCAGAAAUUCUGUACCUGGAAAGCUGGUACAUGGAAAACGAACAGUGGAUGACGAAUUUCCCAACGUUUAUGGUACUGUGAAUGUUACAUACAAAUCAGAGGAUAUGACUAAAGAAAUAUUUUAUGCAAUAUUAAGCGGCGAUAAAAAAAAAGUCAAAGGUAUCGGUGGUGAAAAAGUCGUGCAGAGCGGACCUCAAGAUACCAUUAUUUUGGUUUUCAUCAACAUUGGCGAUUACGGUGUGAUGACCUUGACGAAUAACCAAUAUUUAUGGGCUGAAAAUUUUGUACCAUUCCUCGAAGAUUUGCAAGAGGCAAACAAAUUCAAGCAGAUGCUAAUCGUUGUAGAUGGUCAAAAUGCCGGCUCAAAUUUCGACGGUUAUCUUUGUGAAAAUUGCAAUAUAAUAGCGAUGACGAAUACCGCCAAACAAGAUGAUUUGGAGUUGUGUUAUUAUAACGGUGACGUUUCCGCAUAUUCGGCAACUUGCUACACACAUUUCUUGACUCAACACUUGGAAAAGCUUAUGACUGGUAAAGAAGCCAAAACAGCUACGCUAUUCGAUCUGUACCAAGGAACUAGAGAGAUAAUGUGGUUUUCAGAUGCCAUUUCCAACUUAUACGGGCAGCUAGAUAUGGGAAAUAGGAAACUUAGCUCUUUUUUCCAAUAAAGUAGAUAGGUACUUAAUCGUUUAAUAAACCUUAUUGUUUGAACUUCA